AUGGGCGAUUAUAUUACGGAUUCAGAAGAUGAAGAAGAUUUACUCUUACUGCCGGGCGUAAUAUCGUACCUGAAGGUUGCACAGACUCUACGAGAUAUGCCAGAACCGACAAGACAACUGAUUUGUUCCGACUUAAGACGAACGCGGUUUUCUGAGUUAGUACCCGAGGUCGUCAAUGAGUCGCCAAUAGCACUGGUUGCUUCCAUUGCAAGUCUGUUGGAUGGGGUGCAUCAAGAUGAUGCAACUAGAGAAAGAUAUACGCAUGGAGUAGAGGAAAGGUCUGGAAUAUCUGGACAUAAUGCUUACCAGCUGGAUAAUGGAGACUUCGGGAGAAUACGACAUAAUUUAGAACAAGAUGAUAUGGAGAUACUUCGGGAAUCCAACAUUAACCAGAAUUCGAGACGUGGCCUUCGUAAGAGAAAUUUCGCUAGUACCCAUCCGUAUAUAGCGGAUCAGGCACAUUGGUUGGGACUAAGCAGCAUCAACUCGUUGAACGAGAUGUAUCUGGAAACGUCUGAUUUAGACGCGAUAGUAAAAUUAUUGAAUCAAAUCUAUUUGAAAAAGAAAUCUAGAUAUUCGACAGAUGAGAAGUACAAGGCAAAAAAUUUCUAUGCCUUCUUAGGCAAAAGACCUGGGUUUGUUAAGGAUCUGGAAGUAUCGUCUCAGUUUACCGAGGAUACGAGUCAGCCGAGUUUUCCCAAGGAGACUAGUAACAGAGCAGAAUCCAACGAGAUUAAUUUUUCGACUGACAGUGAACUGGGUGAAUCAGAUUCUAGCAUUUUAUUUCUUAGAAGUAAAAAUCAUUCCAUAAUUGUUGAUGAUGAAGAAGACGAAGUUUCAGACAAGCAGGUAUCGGUGGAUAACCCUCUGAGUACUGAUGAGUCGGAAGACAAUGAUAGAAUGGUGAGGGUUGGCGGAAAAUUUCGAAGAGAAAGGAAUGUGUUACGGGGGACAUUACCUGAAUCUGCAAAGAGAUUAGAUUUAUACCAAAUUAAGAGGUCAAAGACCAAUAAUAGGAAACGGAAUGAUAACGAGUAUAGAAAGGGUCUAGCAAUUAAAAAAUCAAAUAUCAGGAACAAUCGGGACAUUAAUUUAGAGAAUGAAUUAAGCACAUUUGUUGAUGACGACAAUUACUAUCAAGAUUCUCCAGCAUUUUAUCAUAAUUUUGAACCUUCAGAAAUCCAAACAGAUCUCUUAUUGAUUGAUACAGACAAUCUUGAAUCGGACGAAAGUGUUGAUGUCUUUUCUAAUUAUUCUGAAUCUAGCAAUACAGGCAUAUAUGAUGAUUAUAAUUCAAUAUCGUUUGAUACCACUGUUGAAAACAACAUUGAAAAUACUGGUUUCUUAGGUAUACAAAACAGGACUGAAGAAGAUUUACAAACAGAUUACUAUGGGGAAAAUAUGCAUCUAUUAUCGAGGCAUAAUGAUGACAGUGAUUCUGUUACAGAAGAUAACAGAAUAGAUCCGCAGUUCGCAUAUUCGUCUAUCCCCCGAAACCAUAAUACAGCAGGAAAGAAAAGGAGAAGAAAUAUAAAUGGUAGAAGUAUAGACCGGACUUUGGGAAAAUGGAAACCCCCUGUAGCGACUGGAAGUGCAAAGCGUAUAAAUUCUACGGGUUCAAGAGCUGGGAUAAGUAAACGAAAAUAUAAUAGAAAGACAACCAAUUCAAGAAUUCCUUCUAAGGGAUUUGAUAAGGUCUCUUUUGGGCGAUUAAAGAAGAAACGAAUUGGGGAUAAGAAGAUAAAUAACAAACAGAAAGGACGCACGGAAGAUGUAAAUGGCGUAGAUACUGGCGUAAACUCUAAAAAGUCUCAAAAAGACAUGCUAAUAACUGAUUAUUAUUUUCUGAGGACUCCGAAUAUAAGCACUACUGCAUUUGAAGCUGAGAGUACAAAUAUAUUUGUUAAAACGAAAGACAUUAACUUUUCUUAUAACCAAAGAGGAGUUUUACCUAGCCAUCUUCAAUAUGCUGAAAAACAUGAUAAAAGCCAUAAUGUUGAAAUAUCAAAUAAUAUCAUAUUUGAUGACAUUGACAUGAACAAAAUACAUUCAUUAAAAUUGGGCGUAUGUUCCAUAUGUGAUAGAGAUUCAUUUGUAAUAAUGAUUAUGGGUGAAAAAUAUUCUUUUACUUUGAUUGAUAAGAUUGAUUCCAAUGAGAAUUGUGAAAAUCUUCUCUUCCGCCUAUCUAGAUUGCUUAGUGAUCUGAAAAUUUACUCAAAUGAAAGUCUAAGCAAAGAAAUUUAUCAGGCCAUGAAAGGGGUUAUCAAGUGGUUUUUAAUACUACAAGAAAACCCAAGUGAAAAUUCAUGGACCUAUCUAAUUCAAAUGCUUGAUGAUCUUUGUAAAAUUAGGAAAAAGGACAAAUUUCCCAAGAAGCUUGUAUUCUUUCCUUACGUUUUGUUGUUAUAUUAUAUUUUUAUUCAAAUAUCACAAAGGAAUAUUUUGGACAGGAGAAACAUCGAAUUAAGAUAUACUGAUUACAAUAGAUACUGUGUGAAGUAUUGGACACUUUAUUUCCAAUUCAUGGAUAUUGAUAUCUUGAUUGCGAGCCAUGAUGAAUUAAUGCUGCUGUUAAACUUUGAAUCUUUACAUUUGAUGUAUUUGUUAUUUCAAAAUAGUGAUGAAAUCUGGUGGCCAUCAAUUAAUAAAGCGUUAAACCGCUUGAUUAAUCUAAGAUUGCCAUCUUUAGGUAUUUUUGACAUGCUAUAUUACAUGGCAUCACUUGUUCCAACAAGUAAGUCUAACUGGUCGUCAUUCUAUAUUAUUUAUAAUGCUCAUAAAUCGGAUGAUAAUUCUAAUAUUCAUAAUAGAUUUAUUGAAAUUAUUUAUUCUUUAAAUGAAAGAUUUUCAUGGCCUUUUGAAGAGAAGCUUAUAACUGCAAUUUAUUCGGCCAUAACGGCUCGUAAGUUCUCCAAUUUUGAUGACGAGAAAAAUGAACCAGAAUUGAUAGACAUUUUAAUCACAAGAGAUAGUAUCCCUAAUUCAUCUUUUUUUGAAAAGUUUAUGCAUCUUCUAUACUGCUACGUUUCAAGUUUACCAUAUGGUGGAAAUAAAAAGAGACUUAUUAGUAAGUUGUUUACUUCAAGUCACUACCAUUAUCAAAAAGGCUCAAAGAGCUUUGCCAUGUUUGUCAAUCGGUUUAAUUUUAUCUUGCUUCUAUCUCAGCUUUCUGAUGUUGAUUUGAGAAAUCAAGUUCUUGAUCUUAUACAGCAAAUAAAAUCCUCAAACGACAUUAGAAUGUAUAAUAUUACGAAUGAUGGACUAGAGACAUAUUCCAAUAUUGCGACAAGUAAGGGAAAUAGUAUCCCGGUUGAUUCAUAUCAAAUUAUGGUAGAAACCAUGAUAGAUCUAUAUAUGUCAUUGCCAGGGGUACAAAAAAUAUGGAAACAACUUUUGAUUAAUUUGGACAGAUACUUUGUCCCUAAUAUCAAUAGUACAUUUGCAUUUAAUAAUCAUUUCAUGUUUUUUGCAUUACUUAGACGCCUUGAAUUUAAUAAAUUUACUGAUGAAAUUUCUGAUUCACUUGUGAAGUUAUUAUUAAAGUCAAUUACUAACAUCAUUAAGGCAGAACAAUAUAAUAUUUCUGAGAAAAACCUUGAAUUGAUAUAUAUUAUCCAAGAGAAAUGCUUCUCUUUUUUGCAUACACAAAUGGGUAGAUUUCCAUUUCUGAAUCAAUUAACAGAGGAUCGUGCCACUGAAGUAAUUGAAGAAACUAUAAAAGUUUGGAUUCGGUGUAAUUCCAUACUAAGAGAGGUAAAUUGGAAUGUUUUGGUUUUGCAGAAAUAUCCAUAUAUUGGGAAUGCCUAUCUGCGGGAGAGAUUUGUAUUGUUCUUCUAUAAUGAACUAUUAUCGUUUACAGGUCUCUCGAAUCAUGUCGACAGUAUUAUUUUAGCAUUAUUAAAGAGUUUGGCAUUGCUUUCUACGUCACCAUACCUUUCUUUGAUCAUUAACCUGUUAAUGAAAUCCCAUUAUCGCCUUUUUAUUUUUAAAAAAGAAUACGUCCCGGAACAACUAACUUCCUUCCAGAUGCUGAAUUUUAAACUGCUCAUAGCUUCUAAUAUUAUUUUUAACAUCGCGGAAGAUGAAAGGCUUUCAAAAGCAACGAAAAUAAUAUAUUUAGAAGAGCUAAUUAAAUCGCUAGAUGAGGAAUAUAACAAACAUUACUUAUCUAGCAGCUAUGUGGACUAUUGCAAAAAAUUGGUGGAAACAGUACAAAAAUAUUGCGCUGAAUUUGUUCAAUCCAUUGACGAAUAUAGCUCAUUAUCAAGAAAAUUAGGUAUCAGGCAACUCGAGUCAAAUGAUUAUAGAUGGCAUGUGUUGCCCUUGAAAGAAAAGCUAAUAUGUCUAAAUAAUGAGAUAUCAUCAGCUAUUUAUUUCCAAAAGGAUGCUAGUUUAAUACUAGAUGAAUAUAUUUCUUUGGAAAGUUUUGAUUUACUUUAUCAUCUUAUUAGUAUUUAUAUGAAAUCUGUCGCCAACAACCAAAAGGAGAGAUGGAUUUUUAUAUCUCUGUUAAUGGAAUAUCUUUAUUCGAAAAUAAAAAAUUAUGAGGUUUUGGUAUCAGAACAGGUUUUCAAAAAAUUCCUUAGACUGCUAGUAGACUUGGCGUCUUUGAGAAGAAAAAAUGAAGAAAGAUUUCAGGCGUACGAGGUUUAUCAAAUAAAAUCAUUUAAUGCUGCAUUUGCGAUACUUCGGGAAGCAUAUUAUUUAUAUGAUGGAUACAAGGAUAAAGCGCUGGUACUAAGCACGAUAAAUGAUUUCAUCGAGACGUAUGAUAAUUCUAAUACCGACAAUUCAAUCAUCGAUUUGUGUAUUCCGUUUUCCUCAUAUGUUCUAUUUGAUAUCCAACAGCCAGGAAGUGUGAUUAAUGGCAAUAGCCUACAGAGUCUUCCUCAGGAUAAUCUAAAUAAACUUAAAGCAUCCUCAGAUCAUGCCUAUGAUCUGUUGAUCAAAAUCCUUCGACCAAAAUUAUCGAGUGAAUCAUUCUCCACAUCAUUGCCCUUGGAUAUUAGCUUUUAG